CUUCCCCUCGAUUCCAUGGCCACUUCAGUCUCGCGCUUCUUCACUUCUCUUCCGUUUAGAUUUUCGACUUGAAAGAUUUUAGUUUUGGCACAGGAAGCAAUGGACGGAAACGAUGUCGGAGUAGAAGAAAAGGAGGCACAAAGAAGCACAGCGUUCUCGCGGCUUAAACCCUUGUGUCUGGAGCUCCUUGAGCUUCUUAAUAAUCCUUACAAACAUUCCUCUGUACUCCCAGAAUUGCUUCAGUUCCUUCAAAGCUCUGCUCCCGAUGAUCUUCAGCCCUUCUUUGAGUAUGUGAACUCAUAGAUUUGUGUAUGGAUGGAUAUUUAUGCUCGAGUAAAAGAUACGAAAUGGGGUUUGUCGCGUAUGAAUUUUGGUUAAAUGUUGGUUUGUGAUUGCUAUACGAUUAUCUUAUGCAUUACUUCAACUGCUUUUCUGGGAAAUUUUACUUUUAGGGAGAAGGGGAAAAAAUGCCGUAGAUAUUGAAGUAUUGCUUGUCGACUGUUUUGCAUGGGCUUAUUAUUCAAGUUGUUGGAUAUGUUAUACUGGUUUUGAAUGGUUAUUAGAUAUGUCUGUAGUUUUUACUAUGCAGCAGAUAUGAUACCAUUGUUGGUAAAUUGUGGAAGCUUAAUUUUUGAACCCUAAGACCUCCCGCUAUGAUGCCAUGUUAAGAUUAGUUGCUUCAUAACUUGUUGAUUUGAGGCAUUUCACAUCAUUCAUACUAUAUUCUAACAAGAUUUUUUGGAUCUCAAUAUUUUGAUAAUUUUCAAAACAAAUGAGCUUAAACAGGGUAAAAUUUGGCUCGACUUGACUGGUUUACAGCCCUAAGAAAAAUACAUGGAAGCAACUCACUGUGCUCAUAUUUUUUAUUAAUGGAAAUAUAUGGAUUAGAAUACAUGGUGGCUCCUUAGGAGGCCAGAAUGCCAGAUGCUCAAGAGUUCAAUUUCUUUCAUCUAUAAAUAGGAGUUUCCGUCAAAGCAUACAGUUGUGCCAACAUAUUCUCAUGCUUGCUCAGACAUCUGAUCAACUUGAGUAACGAAAAUGGUGAAUGACAAUGCGACGACAAUGGCUUGCCCGGCACCCAUGAAGGCAACGUCUAACGGAUCGUUUCAGGGUGAAAGUCCACUGGAUUUUGCACUUCCAUUGGUAAUCCUUCAAAUAUGCUUGGUUGUUGCUUUUACAAGGACUCUAGCAUUCUUUCUGAGACCUCUCCGACAACCGCGAGUCAUUGCAGAGAUCAUUGGAGGAAUUCUGCUUGGACCGUCUGCAAUUGGGAGAAGCGAGAAAUUUUUGCAUACUGUUUUCCCGAAAAAUAGUAUGACUGUUCUCGACACUCUCGCCAACAUAGGCCUACUCUACUUCUUGUUUCUGGUUGGUCUUGAGCUUGACAUUCGAUCAAUCCGUCGUACUGGUAAAAAGGCCUUAGCAAUAGCCGUUGCUGGAAUUAGUCUCCCAUUUGUCCUCGGCAUCGGAACGUCUGUUGUCCUCCGUGCAACCAUCUCUAAAGGAGUUUCUCAUGGCCCUUUCCUUGUCUUCAUGGGUGUUUCCCUUUCCAUCACUGCAUUCCCUGUCUUAGCUCGUAUAUUGGCAGAACUUAAACUUCUCACCACAGAUGUUGGUCGGAUUGCAAUGUCAGCGGCUGCAGUGAAUGAUGUUGCGGCUUGGAUCCUCCUUGCGCUUGCUAUAGCGCUUUCUGGCAGUGACUCUUCUCCUCUAGUCUCCAUAUGGGUUCUUCUUUCUGGAAUUGCAUUUGUUUCAUUUGCUGUUUUUGUCUUGAGACCUGCACUAGCAUUAAUGGCUCGAAGAUCACCCGAGGGCGAGCCCGUGAAGGAGCUCUAUAUAUGCAUCACAUUGUCGAUAGUAUUGGUCGCUGGCUUUGUCACUGACACAAUUGGCAUUCACGCUCUUUUCGGUGCAUUUGUAGUUGGAAUUGUUAUUCCCAAAGACGGUCCUUUUGCUGGGGUGUUGAUAGAGAAGAUUGAAGAUAUUGUUUCAGGACUUCUCUUGCCUCUCUACUUUGCGUCAAGUGGUCUAAAGACCAACGUCGCCACGAUAUCUGGAGGUCAAUCGUGGGGCUUGCUAGUGCUUGUUAUAUUCACUGCUUGUUUAGGUAAAGUUGUUGGAACAACAGUGGUGUCUUUGGCUUAUAAGGUGCCUUUUCGAGAGGCCGCAGCUCUCGGGUUCCUUAUGAACACCAAAGGCUUGGUGGAGCUCAUUGUGCUCAACAUUGGAAAGGAUCGUAAGGUGUUGAAUGACCAGACAUUUGCAAUAUUAGUUCUAAUGGCGCUAUUCACUACCUUUAUCACCACCCCAAUUGUGAUGGCAAUUUAUAAGCCUGCUAGAAGGGGAGCACCAUACAAGCAUCGAACCAUUCAGGGCAAAGACACCGAUACAGAGCUCCGUAUGCUUGCUUGCUUCCAUAGCAACCAUAACAUUCCUACCAUGAUCAAUUUGAUAGAGUCUUCUCGUGGAACGCGUAAGCGAGGACUAUGUGUGUAUGCAAUGCAUAUGAUGGAACUCUCUGAACGUUCAUCUGCCAUAUCGAUGGUUCACAAGGCACGAAAAAAUGGACUUCCAUUCUGGAACAAAAUUCGUGAUGACAAAGACCAAAUAGUGAUUGCAUUCCAAGCCUAUCAGCAGCUAAGUAGAGUCACUAUUCGCCCCAUGACUGCCAUAUCUGCUCUCAAUAGCAUUCAUGAAGAUAUCUGCACAAGUGCACAUCAAAAGCGCGCUGCGAUAAUUUUCCUCCCAUUCCACAAGCACCAAAGGGUAGAUGGAACCAUGGAGUCACUUGGUCACUCAUUCCAUCUUGUAAAUCAGCGCGUCCUUCGCUAUGCACCUUGUUCUGUUGGAAUUCUCGUCGACCGCGGAUUUGGAGGAACAACACAAGUCUUUUCCAGUGAAGUGUCUUACUCUUUCGCCAUGCCAUUUUUCGGCGGGCGUGAUGAUCGUGAAGCUCUUGCAUUUGGCAUUAGGAUGGCAGAGCAUCCGGGAAUCAUGCUCACGGUAAUAAAAUUCACAGCUUCUACCGGGAAGUCAUUGCUCUUCGGGCAUGUGAUCAAGAAGGGGAAAGACGUCGACAAUGAGACUAAGGGAGAUGAUGAAUAUGACAAUCAAUUCUUCUCUGAGUUCCUAGAGAAAAGCAAGAAACAGGAUUCAAUCAAGUAUGAGGAAAGAGUGAUCGAAUCUCAGGCAGACAUCGCCAGGACACUAAAAUCAAUGAGCAAAUGCAACAUGUUUUUGGUUGGAAGAACACCAUGUGUAGCUCCAUUGGCUGCCAUAAUUGAUUGUCCAGAACUAGGUCCCGUUGGCAGCUUUCUAGCCUCAUCUGAUUUCUCUACUACUGCAUCGGUUUUGGUCAUUCAACAAUACAAUUCCUCCAAAAAUUUAGAUUCAGAAAUGGAGGAGCAGGAAGAGGAUACAUACGAGGUUCCAGAUACACCGGAUGCAUCGAAAAUGGCAAAGGUCUAAGCUAGUUGACUUAGUGUUAUAUAUUUCCUUUCCAGUAAGAAGAUUAUAGGAUUAAUAAAUAGUAAAUGGGAGUGUGAGAAAUUUACUAGAAGGCAUGAUAAAUUUUUAUUAAAACCCCAAAAGCAUGCUUUGUAAUAGUUAAUUGUCUUUAUAUUCUCAUGAUCAAAA